GAAUGCUAGCUCACAAAAUAUCUUGCUUCCAACAUCCUAGAUAAUCAAAUCUAAGCCUCUCCCUUCUCUCAAUCUUUAUCUUUAAAAAAAAAGUGAAGGAGAACCAAAAGUACCAAAAAUGUUGAGCUCUGCAAGAAUCUUUGCAUGCACUCCAGCUCCUUCUGUAAACAAUCUCAGUCCAAACUCCAGACUGUUUGCUUCUUCAACCACUUGUCGAAAAUCAUACGAUCAUCGUCUUGUUUGUAAAGCAGCUUCAAAUUCUAGCUCUUCGAUCUCGGACUUUGAUCUUUAUGAUCUUCUUGGGGUGGACAGCUCUUCUGAUCAAGCUGAUAUAAAGCUGGCUUAUAGGACUCUGCAAAAGCGUUGCCACCCUGAUAUAGCUGGAGCAGCUGGUCAUGAUAUGGCUAUUGUGCUUAAUGAAGCUUAUGCUCUUCUCUCUGAUCCCAACACUCGUUUUCUCUACGACAAGGAACAAGCAAAGUUUGAAGGAUUUCGAGGCUACACAGGAAAGCCCUUAUACUCAUCAUGGUUUGGAUCAGAGAGUGAGGAAAGAGCUGUUUUUGUUGAUGAAGUGAAGUGUGUUGGCUGCUUAAAAUGUGCCCUGUUAGCCGAGAAAACGUUUGCUAUUGAAUCUGUUCAUGGGAGAGCAAGAGUUGUUGGACAAUGGGCUGAUCCUGAAGAUAAAAUCCAAGAGGCUAUUGGAGCGUGCCCUGUUGAUUGCAUCUCUGUAAUUGAGAGGUCAAACCUGGCAGCACUGGAGUUUCUAAUGUCGAAGCAGCCACGAGGUAAUGUUAGAGUUGGUGCAGGCAACACUGCUGGUGUUCGUGUCUCAAAUAUAUUUGUUGACGUAGAGAAAUUCCAGCAAAAAUUUAAAGAAAACAAGGACAGAACUACUGUAAAACAUUCCAAGGAUUCAGACCUUCAGAAGGAAUCAAGGAUAUCAGCAAUUCAGACUAUUAGAGCAAUCUCAAACUGGUUAUACUGGCAGGCGCCUAUUGCAAGAGGAUCGCCUUCAUCAAAUUCUGGCCAACACAUGAGGCUACUUCCAGAUAAAUCCUCAGAACAUAUAUCCUCAGACCCGAGCCUAGAUAAAAUUAGAGAAGUGGCUGCUUCAAGAAAGCAAGCACGAGAAACUCCAAGACUUGCCCAGAAAGUAGCAUCAGAAAGCAUAGUACACGAUGAUUAUUGGGUUCCAUUAAGUGAUGUCCAGGUCCCAAAAUCAACAGCAGAGAAAAGAGCUUCAGAAUUCACCCCUUCUUGGAAAUCAGAAGUGAGAAAUAAGAGAAGAAAUGUCGCUCUAAGGAAGAAACAAAACAACCCAUUUGUAGACUUUGUUCCACUGGGAUUAUCCAUGGUUGCAGCAGUGAUUGUCCGAGCACAGAUUGGAGAAGGCUCUGCUGGGGGACUUCAAGAUCAUAUAUACGGUUCUUUUGCGUUGGAGUUUGUGAAUAGCUCAUGGUUACCGGUGAUUCUAACAGGUAUUACAUGGUAUCUCAUAGGCCUAUAUGUAGCAAAAGUAGUAGAGGCUGUUCAAAGUAAGAUAGGCAAUGAUAAGUAGAGUAUUGAGGCACUGAAAGGGCCUCGAGUAUAUUUAGCCAUGUAGGUAAAGUAUAGAUAAUACACACAUAUUUGCACACAUAAGAUCACAUUAUCACUGCAUGUAGUUGCAGUAUGCCAGUAUAUAUUGCUACAUUUCAUACCUA